AAGGUAUACACCCAGUGUCUGUGUGAGAGACACGGCAUACCGACAUAGUAUAGAUACAUGGUGUGGGACAGGAACGUCUGAUGCUAUAUAACCGGAAAUCUUGUACAAGUGAAACAUCCCAACUCUUGUUUGAAAACUUUCCCCAAACCACUCUCGUGAUGAUUUACAGGCUGUGCAUUCUUUAAUGUACAUCCAUUAUAAUAAUUAGCGUUAACCUGACAGACAUAUAGCAUGGAAUAUUAUCAUGAAACAUGAAACUGAAACUUUUUAAAUGCUCACCAAAUAAGUCACAUAGAUCUCGAAAUCACAAAUUAUAGAUCAGAAUUACGUUUCAUCUCUUAAUUUAAAAAAAAAAUAAUUAAAAAGCAUGUGGCAAAUGUAAACGAAAUAACAACAGCCAGUGUUGCCAGAAAAACAUAGUGGAAAUAGCCAAAGAUUGUUUGAAACAACUGCACAACUGUUCAACUGAUUUACUCAGACUGUUAAACAAUGGCGGUUGCCAAAGCUAACAUACUGAAUAAUUACUUUACCAAAAUUAGCCAUACCAACAGUGUAAUCUGUGCAAGCACUGGAGUUAGAAUUAUGCAAAGAUAAAACGCUUAGUAACUUGCAUGAUGAACCUGAAUAUGCGUAUCAAACAAUUAAUAAUCUGUAGUUACUACUUAUAUAUAAAAGACUAUACCACAAGCCGGGGAGACACUAGACGGAUUUUUUUAGCUUGUGUAGGCGUAUUUUGUGAAGUUCUAAAAAUUUGCCUAGUGAGUCCGCGCCGCCGACGGCGUAGUUUGCUGUCUUGUCCGCCCCCAACAAAAAGUUCGUUUGCAACAAAUGUCAGAUACUAACGAAGAAAUACACAGGCGAUUUAACUCGGUCCGUGUAGUGCGUCCGCUCCAGCGAAUUUCGGCGACCGAGACGAUCGAGCUGACCAAUCAAACAACGCGGAAUUGUUCUGACCUGUGACAUUUUGUUUGUGUCACAUGGUUUACUAGGUUAUGACGUAACCUACUGACGACGAUCAACAGAAAAAUCCGCCUAAUGUGUCUGCAAUUAUGCUGGGGAUUAUCGUCAGCGUAUUUCGCGAGCGAUUAAGUUCGUCCCUACAAGAGAAAAAGUCCGCCUAGUGUGUCCCCGGCUUUAGGAAGUAAAGCCAAAGUGGCGACGACAGUGUAAUAGAACUUUAGCAAAUGCUCAAACAUUACUCUCAAAAAAAUAGUCUUUUAAAUUUAACAGAAAGUCUGCUAUCUAAGUGAUGCUAGAAUGCAUUCUGCUAUUGCACCUGAUUAUUCCGUUAAAUAUAACACACAUAUUCAAUUAAUUCAACAUGGCGAAGGUAUUACACUAACAGGAUAUUAUGUUGAAUAUGGUACGAUAUUGUGUUAUACACUGUCACAACAGGAUACAUUCUAGCAUCACACUAGACUUUCUGUUAUACUUAACAGAUUAUUUGUUUUUACUGUACCAAUGAAAUACCGUCUCUUGUGAAUAUACCUCUGUAAGGGUUUAUUAUAUAACCAUUUAUGUAGAGGUGUAUUUUAAAAAGUAGCAACCUACACCCAACCAUGGUUUAAGUAGAAUUAGAUAAAACAAAAACAUUGGCACUGAUAUUGCCAAUGCAAGGCAUUAAAAAAAAGAGGGCAACAAUAUCUUCACUCCUUAUUUAAUGCUUUUUUUCUGUUAUUCCCAAUAAACGAAUGUCCCUCGGCGUAGAAAACAGCAAAUGUCACACUUUCUUCUAAAUGAGCUGACGAACAUAAUACUGGUAAUUGCAGUUUCACGCCUCAGUUGAAUCGCUAAAUUUUUAAAUUUGUGUUUAUCAACCCUUUUAUAAAGAUACGUCCAGAACGGGCCGUGGAAAAAAUGCCACUUUUUGGUAUUUCUGUAGCCUACAAGUCACUGGCGUUUCGUUGGAAAUUUUGUUACUUUCUUACACCAUCGUGUUCUUAAAUAAAACAAUGACAAUGUUGUGCACAUGGAUAGAGUAGUUAAUGAGUAUCAUCCGAUGAACUUCUUAAGUUUACGUUCAUACAACCUCAAGUGCAUCAUUCUUUUACAGCUAGCUGGACACAAAUGCCCAUCCCGCAAUGAAUCGGCAAGUGUGUUGUGACGUCAAAUAAUUAUUUAUCUGUGCCAUUUGCAUCUUACGUCCUGUUCAUUAUUUAUAAGACGAUCUGGAAAACAAUCCACCAAACCUGGCAAUUAGGCACAGGCACGUGGCAUACCUCCCUGCUGUGGGCUGAGUGCAGGCGAGUCACCAUAAGCGGAGUCGAACACGUGACCUUAAUUGUCAGUGACUUGUGGUUUGAACUGAUUAAGUCUACACUGUUCGCGGAUUAGUUACACUAUACGAGUAUUGUAUUGCUUUGAGUUUUAACCACCUCAUACCAGGACAUGCAAUUGCAAAUUACAUCCGGAUACGAAAUUGCAAAACAAAUAUCCUGCAGGCGGAUCAAAUCAAGUUUAUCUCAAGCAAAAUACCAAAGGAAAUAGUUUCUUCCUAAACCGGGAUAAAGAAGAGUACGGACAAGGAGAAGUACAGACAAAGAGCAGUAUAGACAAGUAGCAGUACCGAGGAGGAGGAGACAUUACAGACACCGAUCAACAUAGCCCCCAACUGCCAUUACUGUCUACACCCUGUUCUGAUCCACACGCCCGCAAAUCUUCUCCCCGCACCCCUUACAGGACUGUGCAGGUAAUCUCCACUCUGCAAGCCAGGGUAAGAGCGGCUGGGUGUGGUCUCUCGCCCUGUCGAAAACGCCAAGUCAUGCGGUACACUCGAUGUGGCUGGGUACUGGACUGAAGCGAGUCACCAAGUCUGUCGUAUCACCGUCACAGAGCAGCGGCAGUCGCCAUGGAGGGGCCCUCCUCCCGACAGGACUGUAACCAGCAUGAACCCAAACCCAUCCAAGAACCUUGUGUUAUAUUCAAGAUACUCGUCCGUUUUCCAGUGUUGUGUUUUCUUUUCGCCCUGUCAUUUCACCUGGCCGUGCUUGCAACCACGAUAGGCUUACUCAUCCGAGGAGAUGACGUGUUUGCAUUUGACUUUGAACAGCUACCCAUCGUUCUGAACACGGAAACGAGCCAUUUGCGGGAUCUGGCAUGGGAUUCCCGGAACAAAUACCCGGAGCACCUCACCCGGGUCAUCAUCAGCCGUUACAUGCCCUGGUGGCCGCGGGGUUACGCCUUUGACUACGUGGAGAUGAUUUACCAACAUGGCGAUAAUAUCCUGACACCGGCUAAUCUGAUGCUAAUCCAAGACAUCGAGGAAAGGCUAUAUAAUAACGAGAAUUACACUAAUGCGUUCUGCCAGGUGAAAUACGAUCAGACAUGCUGGAAACCUACGUCUCUCCUCAGGUUCUUCGAUGGUUCGUUCAAACAUAUUGACAGGGCCUUCGAAGAUCCCACUUUUUCUAAUGUCCCCCGUGUGCUACAUAAGGCCAGCUAUUACAACGAGACUAAGGGUGACUUCCGUGAACUGGUCAGCGCGGACGGUGUGAUAUCAGAGACUAGUGCACAGUCCAAAGUCAUCAGAACGCGCAUCCCUAUCGGGGGACCUCUUACAUACUCCGAUGGCCCCAUAAAGGAGAAACCAAAGUACACGAAUUUCCUCAAGAAUAUUUUCCAGCCAGAACUGGAAGAUAUUGUGGAAACCUACAAAGACAAAAUGGACAUUAAUUAUAUCAGUAACAAAUUAUUCCGCUUGGAUCUCAACGACCAAGCGUUUUUAGACCUUCGUCUCGCCAUUGGAAGCCAAGUGUUUAUAUUUGUCUACAUGCUGAUGCACACCGAGUCUUUAUGGAUCACAUUUUGGGCCUGUUUUAGUAUCUGCACCAGCUUCCUGGGAGUGAAUCUCUUUUAUAGAUUUGCGCUAGGCUAUACAUACUUUGGAUUCUUCCACUUGCUCUCAAUAUUCAUCAUUUUAGGCAUUGGAGCAGACGAUGUUUUUAUAUUUUAUGACAUGUGGCGCUUGAACUGUACCAAAACAUUUCCUAGUGAUGCUCACCGCUUAGCAGCCACCUACCGUCGAGCAACCCGUUCAAUGCUCGCCACGUCUCUUACCACCAUGGCGGCGUUUCUAGUUAGCGGUCUUUCGCCUUUGUUAGCUGUGUCUACUUUUGGGAUAUUUUCAGGCCUGUUAGUACUAGUAAAUUACAUAUCGGUCAUCACCUUUUUCCCAACUGUUGUGGUAGUUUAUAGUUUAAGAGUGCUUCCCUUACUCUGUAGUGGAAUUGAUUUUGUGACUGGAAGAGGAGCAAAAAAGACAAAUGACACCCUCGGUCAGGUCAAUACAGGAUUUCAGGAAAUAUCCGGAAGACCCGCGCUCACAUAUACCCCGGAGAAGAUAAUGCAAAACAAUUUAUAUCUCACAGAAACUGAUAAAUCGAACACAGGCAUUGGAAAUUACCAAUUGGUCGCCAAUGGUCAUAUAAGGAAAAGAGAUGCCCAUAUGCCAACAACAGAUGCACCAUCAGGCGCAAACGGCCAUAUAUCAACAAAAGAUGCACAUAUGCCAAAAAAUGGCCAUAUACCUACCACUGAUGUCCAUAUACCUACCACUGAUGCCCAUGUGCCAACACAGUCACCGGUUACAAAUGGUCGUAUAACGACCACAAAUCAGCCAUUAACACAUGUAGACGAUGUCUCCAAGUCUUGUGCUAAUGGAGCAUGUUUUUUCGGUAAUGAAUUACCAACUGGGACCGGAAAUUCUGACAAUUCACCCAAUGCGUCACAAAACUCAUCUUCCCACAAAAUAGGACACAGUCUUAUAAUGUUACGCCUCACCAAGUUUCUGAAAUCCACUUAUUACAAUCUGGUGACGUCAUUGCCUGCUAAGAUCAUCGUACCUGUGCUGUUCCUGGCAGUAUUCAUUGUAUUCCUGGUGUAUGCAAUAAAGUUAGCGCCGGACAAGAGACAGGUACGAAUGUUUAGAAGCAGUCACAACUACGGUCGUGCUCAAGAGCUGAGGGCAUAUUCAUUUGCGACAAACCCCCGAGAUUUGACCACGGUGAAGCUCGUUUGGGGCCUCCAAGAAGCGGAUAUGUCUUCGUGUGACUUCAAGUCCUCUAAAGUCUGCGGAGGAAAGCCUGUCUUUGACCCUCACUUUGAAUUUGGAUCCAUUGAAACACAAGCGGCUGUCUUGAGACUUUGUCAGCGAUUGCGGAACCUCACAGAUGAGCAGAUUGAUGACCUCCACAUCAGACGAAACCUUUUUACCAAUCAACCGGAAAUUGCAUGCUUCAUGGAAGCGGCGCAGGAUUUCUUCUGGAAAGAAAAGUACAAAAAGUUCUUUAACGGCCAGAGUUUUUACCCAGAAAACGUCACUUUUGACUUUCCGUUCACGGACGAGCACAUGAAGAUCAUCGUCAGAGCUAACGCCAGGAUUUACCCCAGCCUGAACAAAAUGAAUUUCACCCGUCCGCUAGAGAUGGCACUUAGUUAUUGGCUAAGUCGUGCGUGGACUCAACUGGCUUCCGUGGACUAUUACCUGUAUCGAGGACUGAUAGGGGAGGUAACCCUGAAUGAAACCAGAGCAUUUAGGAACCAAAGAGCACUCUCCUACAACACGGGGAUAAAGUACUUCGCUGUUGAAGUUAACACCACAAUGUACGUCAACACACUGGGUUACCAGGAGGGUCUGCCGAUCUAUGAGAGAUGGGAGACAUUGAUGAAUGACCUGCUGAAAGACCUCCCAUAUCCCCUGAAACGCGGCUUCCAGUUGACUGGAAAUACCUGGCAUUGGUUGAGGAUACAACAGACUUUGGCGAACGCGGCCAUUUACGGCGUUGCUAUUGGACUAAGCUUGGCACUUCCCAUUCUCAUCGUUACUACACAGAACAUUAUCAUUGGGUUUGUGGCAACACUGACGAUUGGCUGUGUUACCGUAUGUGUGAUUGGUAUGAUACCCAUGGCAGGGUGGAGACUAGGAGUGUUGGAGUCGCUGAAUCUUUGCCUAGUUGUCGGGCUCUCCGUGGACUAUGUUGUUCAUCUGGCGGAGGCGUACCACCGCUGUGAGCUAGGCAGCCGUGAGGAUCGCGUCAGGCACAUGCUGGAGACUGUCGGAACCGCCGUGCUGUCAGGGGCGAUAACUACGACUGGCGCCUCCAUAUUCAUGCUCUUCGCGGAAAUUCAGUUCCUGCUCCAGUUUGGCGUAUUCAUGUUGACAACUAUUGGCUUCUCUAUUUUGUUCUCAUUAUUGUGGUUCUCAGUGAUUAUGGCUGUCUGUGGACCACAGGGAAGAACUGGUUCGUUGAUUGCCUUGUGUCGUACAUGUGACCCUCGAAAAUGGACACGUAAUGCGAGUCUGCCAACACAGGAGAUUCCGAUUGCCCAUGGAAAAUUCAAGAUUUCAGGUUGAAAUGAAAAGAUGCUUUCAUGUUGUUACAUUAGAUGCUUUUUAUGUUGUUGAAUAAGAAGGUAGAGGUGCAGUGGUGUGAAUCAAAUGUUGGCAUUAGGCCUGAUAUCAGCAAAUCCACCGACAAACUAGACAUACUCUCAUCAAGGACUUUGCCUGAAAAGUCAAUGGAAUUUUGUAUACAAUGCGUAGUUGGUGUAGGCCUACGAUUACUGGUUAUGUCACGAGCUAAACGACAUGGACUUGUUUACUGUGUUAUCACGUGGCCCGUUAAUUGCAUCAGAUGGUGGCUCUUAUGCCACUCAGUUUUGACUGGAAGCUAUAUAACACGGACCUGGCAACAGAUUUCUAGUCGAGAGUCGUUCAUUGCAGAAUUUUCACUGGUGUAGAAUUUCACCCAUUGAGUAUUAAAAUGAUAUGCUCCUUGACAAGCCACUUUGUGAGAGAAUAUAGGGCUGUGUACUGACAUGUGUACCGAGUUGUUUACUGGCGUGUGUACCGAGUUGUCUAUUGGCCUGUUUAAGGAGCUGUGUACUGGCGUGUGAACCGAGCUGUGUACUGGCCUGUGUAACGAGUUGUUUACUGGCAUGUGUACCGAGUUGUGUAUUGGCCUGUAUAAGGAGCUUUGCACUGGCCUGUAAACCGGGCUGUGAACUGGCCUGUGUACCGAGCCAUGCACUGGCCUGUGAACCGAGCUGUGUACUGUCCUGUGUACGGAGCUGUGCACUGGCCUGUGUACCGGUACUGGCCUGUGUACCGAGCUAUGUACUGGCCUGUGUACCGAGCCGUGCACUUGCCUGUGUGCCGAGCUAUGUACUGGCCUGUGUACCGAGCCGUGCACUUGCCUGUGUACCGAACUGUGUACUGGCAUGUGUACCGAGCUGUGAAUGCUCAUGAGAAGCACCUCGAAAGACUUCAUCAUGAACGGCUUCAUCACGAACGACUUCAUUAUGAACGGCCUCGUCAUGAGCGGCUAAAUGGUGCAUACAGAAUGUAUCGUAAGGGCGAGAGAGGGUCAAUGAAUGAAACGUGAUUGCCUUAACCAGUCACUUGCUUUCAUGCAUAUACACAUUUGCUGUUAGUAAGGUUGUAGUGUAAGGAUUGGGCGACAAACAUGGGUGUCAUUUGUAAGUGCAUUGAGUUGUACAAAUGUGGACGGUGUACAUUCCUACAAACGGCCUGUUCUGGGGUCCGUUUUACAAAGCUGUCGCCAACAGUAGCGACAUGCCGACACAAGCCACAAGCCCUAAGUCAAGUGCAUUUGUGUUGUCGUGAAAGUUACGCCAGGCGCAAUUUGCGACCACUUCAUGACACAAGCCCCUGGAGGCUGUUUCUCAAAGGGGUCGGAACGUUACACUGGCCUAGUCACUAUGACGUCGCAUAAUGACGGCAUAUGCCGCCUUGGUAUUUACGACAAGCAUAACGUUACGAUCCCUUCGAGAAACAGCCCCCUGCUCAGUAACUCUCUUUGGCAGGAUGAUAGCGAAGAACGACACACGUUAACGUUAUCAACUGCUACUUCCUGACGGUAAUUACAGGAGCAGGGGUCCACCGGAGCACCUUUUCACCUUCAAGAACAUUAUGGCUUGAAUGCUUGAUAGCACAGUAAACAAUGAAUAUUUUGUAUCCGGUGACAAGUAAGUAACAAUUUAUCAUUGCUCAGCAUAAUUUUCUUGUGAUAGUUAGAUUAAAUAGAUUAAAUAUAUAUACAUGUAUAUAACUUGUGGUGCCAUGCAGUGCACGUUGAAUGUCAUAUUUUAAAGCAAUUUUUGCACGUUUCCCGAAAGUUUUCUUUUAAAACAUAACGUAUAUGUCUUUCAAGUUUUAACCAUGUGCUUUAUUUUUUAAUAAAAUACUUUUGUAAGUUAAGAUUUA